AUGGAUGCCAAUUAUUUUCUCAGUACUUCCUGGAACCCCUUCGCCAAAACUAGUGCACUAGAAUUCCCCACUUCGUCUUCUUCAUCCAGUUCCCUCCACUUCCCCUGUUCAAGAAGAUUCGCCAAUGGAUCACUAUUUCAACCCAAAAGGGUUCGCCUUUCCUCCUCCAUUACAUCGGCGGGAUCGUCCGACGAUCUGCAGCAGCACGCCGAAUCCUUCCUGCAGGCGGAUUGGAGAUGGUUCAGGGCAAAAAUGGUUGCUAAUGAGCAAGCCUUUAUGACCGCGAGCACCGAUCCAGACGAGAACCCUAAACCUCCACCGGCGAAGCUGGUGACGGUGGGAGAGAAGUGGGCCCACACCAUCCACGAGCCGGAAAAGGGAUGCCUACUCAUCGCAACAGAGAAGCUGGACGGGAUCCGCAUCCUCAAACGGACGGUGAUCCUUCUCCUGUCGACGGGCCCAGCGGGCCCAUUGGGGAUCAUCCUCAACCGCCCGUCCCUAAUGUCCAUCAAGGAGAUGCGGGGCGAGGCUACGACAUCAGCGAUGCUUCCUGAAGUGUUUUCGGGCCGGCCGUUGUUCUUCGGGGGCCCAUUGGAGGAUGGCCUGUUUCUGGUGAGGCCCAAAGGAGGGUACGACAAGGACAGGCUGGCAAGGAGCGGGGUUUUCGAGGAGGUGAUGAAAGGGUUAUACCACGGGACGAAGGAGACGGCGGGCUGCGCGGCGGAGAUGGUGAAGAGGAAUAUGGUCGGCGUCGGGAAUUUCAGAUUCUUCGAUGGGUAUUGCUGUUGGGAGGCGGAGCAGUUGAAGGAGGAGAUUAAUGCUGGGUAUUGGACUUUGGCUGCUAGUAGCUCGAGUGUCAUUGGGCUUGAUAAGGAAGCCAGUUUUGGGCUUUGGGAAGAUGUCUCCUGGCUUCUCGGCCCAAAAGCUGUUCCCUGA